ACAUACUCAACACAUCAAAUUGUAAAUAAGUGGUGAAUUAAUUUAAUUCAUUUGUUUACUCUCCGCAAUAUGUUCCUAGUUUAUUAAAGUUAACUAGCUGUAAAUAAGUAUUUACUGAAAAUAAUCUUACAAACGAAAUGUCCAUACAAGAAAUACGCAAUGAGAUAAUUAAAGAAAACAUACCUCAACUUGUUAAAUCUUUAACUGGUUUUAAAGAUGACGAUGAAAAUUUAAAGGUGUGUGAAUCUUUUGCUUGGUCCGUCUUACGUACUUAUCGUAAAAUAAGUAUCAGUAGCCACGAAAUAAAGAGAAAGAUUGAAGGUAUACAAGAGAAAUUUACUGCUGAAAAUUGUGCAGAAUAUGCGAAAAAAUUUGGAGAUUUGUGUAAUGUAAUCAUAACACAUCCGUUGUGUCUUAAUCAUUACGAAUUUGAUUUAAAUUGGGCUCUGGUGGACUUCUUCAUUUCAAUAGCUUACAAUCCAGCAGCAGUACUUCGCAAAAAUAAACACAAAAUAAAAUUACUUGAAGUGCAAUCGGAUGAACAAAACGACAAUAAGAUCUAUAAUAAAAAAUACUGGCAAAACUUACUAAAUGAAGACUUACCACCACUAAGUACGUUUUCAUCUGAAUCUGAACUAAGUGAUUGGUCGAACGAUGAAGAAUCAAAUGCUAACCAAGACGAAACUACUUCACCCCCUUUCGCAGAGAAAACUCUCAAUGAAACGGUAUUGAUACAACAAAAAAUAUUAAAAUGUACUGCCAAUAUUAAACCACCACAAAAAGUAGUGCCAUAUGUUCUAUAUGAUGAUAGUAAGGCGAAACAAAAUGUAGAUACCUUACUGCAAGAUAAAUGGUGGAUAAAAAAUUAUAAGACAAAUGCAGCAAGUAUUCGAAGCGUUCACCCAGAGGCACAUACAGCUGAAAUCUAUGAAGAGUUCUUAAAGAGAAAUACGUAUUUAAUAUGUGAGCCAGUUUCUACUGCAACUGAGUACUGUCUACUACGUGAAAUAAUUUGGAUGUUUUUUGUGCCCAAAGAUUGUUUCUUUUUUAAAGUUAAAGGAGAUAGUAUUAAUAUGCGCGAAUAUGUUACCAUACCAAGUUUAACAGUGAAAGGUCUUCUUGAUUACAUGGAAAACAAAAUUUUACCACACAUCAAAAUGAUGCAUAGAUUACGAACUUUUAUUGAAUCAAUGCAAGAGAAUCAGGGCAAGAUAAUACCCAAAACUGUCGAAUGUUAUGCAUAUAAUGUGAAUGCAUUACUUAAUCCUGUAGAAGAGGAUCUUUUAAAUUAUGAAAAACGUCUAAUGAACCAACAAAACUUUGACACUAAUACUCUAAUGAACUUUCAAUAUACUUUACGUCAGUCUUUAAAGCAUUUAGAAAAUGUAUUUAUGAUUCAUAUAAAGGUGGAGCAAAACUUACUCAAACUUCCUCCUCAUGUUGCUAGUACGUUUGUACUAACAAGAUUAUUAAAAUAUUGUCAGGAAAAUGUAAGCACAGAGAAAGUUAAUAUAGGAAUGUCAUUAUUUCUAUCAACAUUUAAAGUAUACCUUAGUAUCAUCAACGAUUGCUGGAAUUUAGGAGUAUUAGGUGACUGGCGGCAUGAAUUUAUAGGUGAAAGAAAGGAUGAAGAUGAUCCUAAUUUAUAUAUACGAACUUUCAACAAAGAUGAAGAUUCUUCGCUUAAUAUUCCUGUAAACAUAUCUAAUGUUAUAACGACAUCGCAAUUUUAUCAUUUGAUGGUUAAAUAUUCAAAAGAGGCAGUUUACUCACUUAAUAUACUAAAUGACAUCAAUCGCAUUACAGAUUUACAUAAAUCUCAUAAAACAAUUGAAAUCGAUUUGUAUGAGGUUUUUAUAAACAAAAUCAUAACUAUUGUAAAAAAGAUCAAUUCCGAUGCUAAUAAUACGCUGAAAGCCGAUGUUACUUUAGAUACUGAAAUUACGACUACACUAGAUUCAAAAGCUAGUGACGUUGAGAGAAUCUGUACUUCAACUAUGCAAACUCAGUUAACCACUUCAGAUCCAUUUCUAACUUUUGCAUUUUCUUAUGAUGAUAAUAAACCUGAAGUUAUAAGUAAAGCUGCUUCGGGAUCCCAAUAUCAUAAUUGGGGCGCACUACAAAUAUGUCAAUACUUUAAUAAAUUUCCAAAUGGCUUGCAACUUAAUUUAAUGGUAUUGGAUGCCUUGGCAAUAGUUUUAAAAACUCGUCUCAAUCUUACUAAUUCGUUUUUGAUAAAACUUUACUUUGAAGAAUAUUGUAUUGAAAUACAUUUACAAAAUAUAAGAAAGGUUUUCUUACUUGAAUCGGCAGAUCUGAUGUAUUACUUUUUUGAAAAAUUAUUUACUCAGAUUGAGUCUAAUGAACUUUGGGCUAAUGAAUACAUAUUAACUUCGCGGUUGGAUGAUGUAAUAAAUGCCAAACUUCCAUGGAUGACUGCCAUGUUUCGCGUUAAACUUGCUCCAAAUUACACCACUUUUUCAAGUAAAGUAAUAAAAGCUGUAGAUGAGUUUUUAAUAGUUUACAAUACACCAUUAGAGAUUGCAUAUAUUAUUAAUGACAAACAAUUGGAAUAUUACAAUCAGCUUAUGAAUUUCCUACUGAAAGUUAAAUAUGCAGUAAUGACUCUAAAUAAUUUAACAUUUUCUACUGCGGAUAAACGAAUGCGUUCACUUUCGCCCUUUGAUACAAUUGACUUGACAAUGCGCCGUUUGGAAAUGCUCCGUUUAUGGAUGAUGUAUGCUGUACAAAAUAUACAAAAUUAUUUAAUGACCACUGUGUUAAGUUCAGAAAAUCAAAAUUUCGAUACACAAUUAAAAGAAUGCAAAAAUCUAACUGAAAUUAAAGAUCUGCAUAAAAACUAUAUAAAUAUUAUUAUAGAACGAUGUUUUCUAACAAAUAAAUUAAAACAUUUGAAACUUGGCAUUGAACAGCUUCUUCAUAUGGUUUUAAUUGUUAAACUAGAUUGGGCAGAUUGUAUCAAACAAUUAAAUCGAAAGCAUCCUUUAGCUGAAGAUGUAGAUGAAAAUUUACAGCAAAGUCGUUACAAUAUACAAAUAGAUGAACUUGAAAUUACUUAUAUACGCAUACACCAAUAUAUUGCAGACUCAUUACACAAUGAGGUUUAUUUAAAUCAAAAUAAUUAUUUAUCCGGACUAGAUUCUGCAUUUUGUACAAGCGUUCCUUAUUGAUAUAUCAAUAAGGAUAUUAUUUCGAUCAAAACCCGUUAUAGUGAAUUGACUGCCAGUUUCUCUGCUUUGCCUAAAAAGCAAACUAUGAGUUGCUUACUUUGUUUGUGUAUUUGUCAUAUUAAUGCUAUGAUUAAAUUUCUAUUAUUAUAGUAUAAACGCGAAUGGAUAAUUUCAGAAAAUCAUAUUAAAAUUAAUUAUAGUGAUUUGCGAAACAAUGCACCGCUGAAGAUCAUGGACUAAUUUGGCUUCACGCGUUUAUUAUACAAGCAUCCAGAUAAGCUCUAUGGUAGUCAAAGUAUUCAUGUGUUAUUAUUAACUAAUAGUUAACCAUAUUUUAAACAUUAAAGUAUAAAAAUUAAAAUUUCAUCAAUAAUUAAGAAAACUGGCGAAAAGUACGUUAUUAAAGU